AACUUCCCCCCUUUUGAGCUUCUCCGAAGUAUCUCCCCUGACUUCUUUUACAUAUCCCUCCCUCCGUCCCUCCUUCUCCUUUUAUAUGCCUUCACGCCCCUCUCCCUCAUUUGAAUUCAAACCCGAGCAGAGCUUCUCGUCUUCCUCUCAUUUCAUGACGACCUCCUUCACAGAACUCCUUUCCAUGGAUGAUCGCUGGACUUCUUCUGAAAUCCCCAAAUUCAAGUCAACCCCGCCUCCUUCUCUGCCCCUUUCUCCCUCCCCUCUCUCCCCUUCCUCUUACUUGUCUUUCCCGUCCGGGUUCAGCCCCACCCAGUUCUUGAGCUCCCCCUUGUUCCUUUCAUCCCCAAAUGGUCUUCCUUCUACUGAGACGUUUGAUAACAAGGAGGAGCAGCAGAAACCAUUCUCUGACUUCUCCUUCCAAACCCAAUCCAAGCCGUUGUCCUUCUCGGAGUAUUCUUCGAGCAUGUUUCAGGCGCAGGAACCACUGAAACAAGAACCAUGGAAUGACCAGACAGCCACAAAAUCUGAGUAUCCAUCAUUCUCCUCAGAACCACAGAUACAAACCAAUUUGGCUCCCGCUUCUGGUUAUACGAACUACUCAAAUUCGUCCCAGUCCAUAAGAGAGCAAAAGAGGUCAGAUGAUGGGUACAACUGGAGAAAAUAUGGACAGAAACAGGUGAAGGCAAGCGAAAAUCCUCGCAGUUAUUACAAGUGCACGCAUCCCAGUUGCAACAUGAAGAAGAAGGUUGAGAAGUCCCCGGAUGGACAAAUUACUGAGAUAGUAUAUAAGGGAACGCAUAACCAUCCCAAGCCUCAGUCCACUAGAAGAUCUAGUUCUCAAUCAAUUCAACCUUCUUCCUCUUGUACCAAUUCUGGUGUUUCUGAUCAAUCGGCGGUGACCCUGGGGAAUCUGCAAAUGGACCGGGCCUCUCUGCAAGAAGAUUCUUCUGUCUCUGUUGGGGAAGAUGACUUCGAGAACACAUCACAAGCAUGUUACUCUGGGGGUGAUGACAAUGACUAUGGCCCGGAUGCCAAAAGAUGGAAAGGAGAGAAUGAAAUUGAUUGCUAUGCCUCCUCUGGGAAUAGAACUGUGAGGGAACCAAGAGUCGUAGUUCAAACUACAAGUGAAAUUGAUAUUCUUGAUGAUGGCUACAGAUGGAGGAAAUAUGGUCAGAAAGUAGUUAAAGGAAACCCAAACCCAAGGAGUUACUACAAGUGCACAGCUCCAGGCUGUUCAGUGAGGAAACAUAUAGAGCGAGCUGCUCAUGAUCUGAAAGCUGUGAUCACAACGUACGAAGGGAAACACAACCAUGAUGUUCCUGCAGCACGAGGGAGUGGGAGUUAUAACCUGAACGCAGCUUCUCUGAACAACAACACCACCAGCAACAAUGUAACCGCGCCAAUAAGGCCAUCGGCGUCUUCUGCACUGACCAGCUUUUCAGGCAAACCAAGCUUCACACAUUCGCUUCAUAACACAAGCCAGCCAACACCUGCAAGUCAAGAACCAUUCCCAUUUGACAUGUUGCAGAGCCCAGCAAGUUUUGCAUACUCUGAUUUCGUCAGAUCAAUGGGAUCGUACAACACUGAUGCAUGAUACGCUAAGGCCGAGGAUGAGAAGAAGGAAGGUUCAUUCCUUCAGUCAUUAUCGUCCAAAAGGAAGGAAGCGUCUAUACACAGACAUGGCUUUGUAUAACACAUACGAUAUUAGGCACUUAUAGAGGAAUAGAAACAAAGAAUCAUGGAAAUAAUAAGGGACAAGAAGGAUUUUAACAGUCAACAUAAAUGUAGGACAUAGGAGGUGGUACAGCUGAUGAUUUAUGUUAUUCUUUUGUUGUAUUUGUUUAGUUCGAAAGAGAGAGAUUUUCAUGUAGACUUGACGUAUUUGUGCCACUUCUUGCCUUCAAUAAAGAUUAUUAGCAAUGAAGUUUUAAAUUU